AUGUCAGACGAGGCCAACAAACCCAGUGUCCUUAUUGUCGGCGCCGGUUUGGGAGGCGUGUUGCUUGGAGCCCUUUUGGAAAAGGCGAACAUCUCUUACACCAUCUUCGAACGUGCCUCUAGCGUCAAGCCCCUUGGUUCCGCUAUGAGUAUCGGAUCGGCUCUGAUUCCUGUCUUUCGUCAAUUGGGCUGCUAUGAUGAGUUUGUUGCAAUCGGGAAAAGAUCUAUCGUUGGCGAGACCUGGAAGGAAUCGACAUUUGGAUACUCAUUGGAUUUCUUGCCCCGCGAAGAGUUCUCAGGAGAGGUUCAGUACAUUGUGCCCCGCCCUCUACUCUACAACAUCCUUGUGAAGCUAAUCCCACCACACAAGAUCCAAUUUGGCAAACGCGUCCUCAUGACAAAGCAGACAGAGGACAACCAGAGGGUCACCAUUCAAACCUCCGACAAUGCAGUUUACGAGGGCGACAUUCUGGUGGGCGCCGAUGGAGCCUACAGUGCCGUCCGUCAGCGAUUGUACGAUACGUUGCACAAGGAGGGGAAAUUACCCAAAUCGGAUCAAGAGGAGUUGCCGUUCAGCUGUACCUGUCUUGUGGGACAGACUCAGGCGUUGGACCUGGAAGAGUUCCCGCAGUUGAAGGACCCUCUUUAUCCAUUCAUCAGCACCUUGGGGAAUGACAAGCCAUAUUCUUGGGUUUUAUUCGGAACCGCUGAGAAAAAGAUAGCCUGGAUGGUCGUGGAGCAUCUUUCGAGCGAAACGACAAAGACGGCCCAGGAACAGAGAUUCAGGAAUUCGGAAAACUCGGAGUGGGGUCCCACCGCUGCCCAGAGCAUGUGUGACGAAACGCGCGAAUUCCCGAUCGCUUUUGGCAAUGGCAAGAUGAACCUUGGUGACUUGUACGACAGGACACCCAAGGAGUUAAUCUCUAAGGUUAUGUUGGAAGAGAAGGUCUUCAAGACAUGGUACCAUGGUCGCACCGUCUUGCUUGGCGAUGCGUGCCACAAGUUGCAUCCCGCUGGUGGACUUGGUGCGGUAACAUCGAUGCACGACGCGAUCGCAUUAGCAAACCUGAUCUACUGUCUGCCCUCCACGAGCACAGCAGACGUCUCACAAAUGUUUUCAGAGUACAAAACCGAGCGACUUCCACCCGUGACAGCGGCCUUCAACAGCAGUCGAUCCCUCGCUAAGAGCAUGGAAAAAGGACUCGCAGGAACAAUCGCCUUCUUGAUUACCAAGUAUAUGCCUGUCUGGUUGUGGAGAAUCUUUCUGAAGGGCAUGGUCAAGAACCGGCUGCGGUGUGGGUAUCUGCCGGAGAUUGAGGAUAAGGGGACUGUGCCGGCUGCUUACUCGGCCAGUUAUGAGAAGGCGAGGGCGUUAUACAAUAAGCGACGUGAGGUUGAGUCGGCCGCUGCUCCUGUUACUGUUAUUUGA